CUGCGCCUUCUCCUAGCCCCUUCCUUCCUUCCUUCCCUCCUCCCUUCAUUCCUUGGAGACAUGGCGAUGGCGGCGCCCAAGCUCAAGGUGCCAGGCCUGUGCCUGCUGCUGCUGAUCAUGCCACUCCUCUUGCUCCCUGGAUGUCAAGGGGCGACUUGCAGGGAGCCGAGCAAGACCUAUACUGCUCCCAACUGCGCGACCGGCCGAUGCGUGGAGCACUGCCAAAUGGAGGGCUUCCGCGGCGGGGUGUGCGAGGGGAACUACUUCGACCCCUACAAGAUAGUCUGCUUCUGCAACAAAAACUGCUGAGCAGCCAGCGAUGGCGCAUUGCUUCCGGGGGUGUAAUAAGAUGUUUGCCAAGGCGAGCCGUCGUCGAUGCGCCAUUCACACAAGUUGAAGCUGUAACAAGUUUCAUCUGUACCAAUUUUAUUUUCAA